GCUUUUUCUAAUAUCCAUCUAUCAUUUUUUACUUCAUGCUCAAUUGCAACUUCAAUUCCUACUUGAAUUUUAACAGGGAAGUGGUCACUACCUAUAGUGUUAUGCUUUAAUACCUCCCAAUCACAUUUGUCUGCUAAUGACAUUGUAGCUAAUGUGAGGUCUAUUGCUGAUUUUUUUCCCUUAGCAAUAUCCAGUCUAGUCCCUGAUCCAUCAUUCAGACAAACUAAUCCUUCCUCAUCCAUAAAUUCUAAAAUCACAUCCCCAUUGACAUCAUUCUUAUCCCCCCACAAAGUAGCCUACUAUGUGCAUUAAAAUCACCACACCACAUCACUCUCCCCUUUGUAUCCUUCCAAAUGUCUGCCAAUUGGCUUAAUUCUAAUUGCCUACAUGGAUAAUAGAAAUGUAUUAUCUCUAUAUUGCCUUCAUUUGACCAGACCUCUAUUAUUGUAUAUUCUAGAUCCUUAAUUUAGGAUCCUUAUUUUAUCCUUUAAUUUCCCUAUACUGAAUACCUUUUUGAACAAAAGUUAUGAUUCCCCCACCUUGUCCCACUUCUCUAUCUCUCCUUAUUGAGGUAUAUCCUUUAAUAAUAAAAUACAGUUUGGGAAUCAACCAGCUUUCCUGUACACAAAUAACAUUAGGUUUUACAUGCAUAUCAUCAACAUAUUUUUAAAUUCCUGCCCAUUCGCUAUUAAGCUAAUCUUCAGUGUCAUCCCAAAAUAAAACUUUUGCUCUUGAGGAAGUGACACAGUAACCCAUAUCCGGCUAAAUGCGGCAUUCCCGGAAGAAACCAAGCAGCUGAUCCGCGAUGCUUUGCAAGUAAUCAGGAAGCUGGCUGCUAUCUACGUGCUGUAUCAAUGGCAAUUUGCUAGUUCACUAGCAGCGGUCCGAAUACAAGCAAACUUUUAAUAAACUUGAGAUAAACACUGUGCUUCCCCAUUUCCCUGCCCUACCACUUGGUGCGUUCCCCUUGUCAGAGGCCAUGCCGGGUGGAGUGGACAACGGUGACUUUGUGGGGAGCCUGCCUGCCAUUGCCUCCCUGAAUGCGUCCUACUCGCAGGCCUCUCUGUCCCUGCCGCCUUCAUACUACCUACCCACCCGGAAGGCCAUCUCGGACGUGCGCCGCACCUUCUGCCUCUUCGUCACUUUCGACCUCCUCUUCAUCUCCCUACUUUGGAUCAUCGAGUUGAAUAUCGCUAAGAACAUUUGGGACAGUCUCCAGAAUGAGGUCAUCCAGUACAACUUCAAGUCCUCGUUCUUUGACAUCUUUCUCCUUGCCCUUUUCAGGUUUUUGUGUUUGCAACUGGGGUAUGCAGCUUGUCGGCUAAAGCAUUGGUGGGUCAUUGCGAUCACCACCCUAGUGACCAGUGCCUUUCUUGUCACCAAAGUCAUCCUUUCAGAUCUGUUCAACAAGAAUGCCUUUGGCUACGUGCUGCCCAUCGCCUCAUUCGUGGUGGCCUGGCUGGAGACCUGGUUUCUGGACUUCAAAGUCCUCACCCAGGAGGCUGAGGAUGAGCGGGCGUAUCUGGCUACAGUGCAGGCUGCCUGUGAGCGAGCCCCUAUGAUCUACCCCAGAGCGGUGUCUGAUGGACAGUUCUACUCCCCACCUGAGUCUCUGGCAGGCUCUGACGAGGAGAUGGAUGAAGACGGUGUGGGCAGGAAGGCUGUGACCACACAGGAGAAGGAGUUUGUGAUGCAGGGGAGGGAGGCCAUGACGGUGGUGGAACAGAUACUCUCUCAGGAGGAGAACUGGAAGUUUGAGAAAAACAAUGAUAUCGGGGACUCCGUGUACACCCUGGAGAUCCCCUACCAUGGAAAAACCUUCAUCCUCAAGGCCUUUAUGCAGUGUUCUGCAGAACUGGUAUAUCAGGAGGUGAUUCUACAACCAGAGAAAAUGGUACAGUGGAACAAGACAAUAUCAGCCUGUCAGAUAUUACAGAGAGUAGAUGAUAAUACUCUGAUCUCGUAUGAUGUCUCUGCUGGAGCAGCAGGGGGCGUAGUUUCACCCAGGGACUUUGUAAACGUCCGUCGGGUGGAGCGCAAGAGAGACUGCUACAUCUCUGCCGGCAUGGCAACCACCCACGAAGUGAAACCUCCACAUAGUCGCUUUGUCAGGGGAGAGAACGGUCCAGGUGGAUUUGUGGUUCUGAAGUCCACCAGCAAUCCUUCAGUGUGUACUUUUAUCUGGAUCUUAAACACUGAUCUGAAGGGUCGUCUGCCGCGGUACCUCAUCCACCAGUCUCUGGCCGCCACGAUGUUUGAAUUCAUGGCCCACCUGCGCCAGCGCAUCACCGAGCUGCGCGGCAACUACCGGUGAGACUGAGCUGGAGGCCAGGCUGCACGGCUCCUCCGCAGGCCGGGAGGAGAUACUGCACCCUCUGGGAACACCCAGUGGGAACUCGGCACAGGGUGGUUUUCGGGGACUCGUGUUCAAAGUGGGAACUCGCAUGUGAACUGAACUAGUAUGGACCGAAGAAGAGAACCCUAAACUCACAGGACACUCAGUACAUACUUUGACUGGACCUAAAAGUUGGACGAUUGGUUCCAAAACCAGAAUGACCCCUCUGAACACACCCAGCAUGGCAGUCAGUCAUGGGAAAGAUGAACGUUAUCUCUGGGAUCACUCUUCCUUUCAUUUUUCCUUUCCCACAUUCUCUAUUCUCCCUCUCUUUUUCUUGCUUCCCCCCAUUCUCUCUCGUCUUAACUGAGAUGCCUCUCUGCCUUAGAGCGUCAGGAAGGUGGUCUGUUAACCAAGCUGGACCACUGAGAGCGCCCCCUUCAGGCAGCAUGGAACUCAGUCUAGUCACUGACAGACUCGAGACUGCUUCGCCAUGCUGCUGGCAAGGAUGUGAACUCGCACCCUUUCAAGGCCACAAGGCAGCUGAUUAUACAUGGGCUCCUGAAGCCUUGGCUGCCUUUAUCUAUCCUUUGUUGAAGCUAUACCUGUCUCUUUUUAUUUAGUUUCUUCCUUUGCCCCUUUCUGGCUGUUGCCAUCACGUGAUCCGUAUGCCUGACCGUUCAUUGAGAGGUCAAUUUGCUCAUCAGCCUCUCACGUUCCUCUGAAGUCCACAUGACGCACAUGUGAUGCUUACACACCCUCUCCUCACUUCACUGUGUUGAACAGGAAUAGCACCUCUACCGAGCCUUUGGGGUAAUGCCUGUCCACUCCUCAGACAGUGAGACUGCCUUACGUAAGCAUUAAUGAAUCCACACAUAUGCACACACAUAUACACGUUGGUCACGUUAGUUAAGUACUUGUUCCAUGGCGUAGGGUUGACUAAAUAGGACUGUGGGGCAUAUAGCCAACUCCGUGCUGCAAGAAAGACCUGGAGCCUGUCUGCAAUUGACUAAUGUCUACAGCAUACAUGUCAGGAGCUAACAAGAAAUGUGUUAACGUUUUUGUUUUCUAAGCAAUGCUUGUUCUGUCAAAAAUCCCUAACUAGCGACUGACAAACUGCUGUGGCUGCAUCACAGGCAACUGUAACCAGACGAUGCACUUGUUUCUUUCUCUCUAAUCUGGAAAAUCCGACUGACCAGCCCUAACAGGCACAGCAGUGGUCACAUAAACAUUACAAGUCACAAGUGUAUCAAGCGUUUCAAGCCUCCCCUGCUGCACUCUUUACCUGUAGCGGCCAAGUGGAUGUGGUUCGCCUCACCCAAGACCGACAACAGUGAGAUUAUGACGUUUGUUCUUAUUUGCUGCGUGGAGGGAUGAUGGGGUUGCUAUCAGUUAGUCUGUGGACCUGGCGCAGUCUGAUUGGUCACAUCACUUGACUUGUCAUCAUGAAGAUGUUAUUGCAGAGACGGGCAAUCGGGCAUGUGAACCUGUGGCGCACAGAGUUCAGAGAGAAGACUGGGCUUCACCAGCAGCAGAAUGUGUUUUAAUUUCUUUUCUCUGUUUUUAGGGGAAUUGGGGAGGGGUGGGGUGGGGGGGCUGUAAUGUUCUGUUAUUUUGCAGGGAAUGUUUUGUUGUGCCUUCCUCACUGUGUAGACCAUGUUUUGGAACUGAAAAAUAUCAAUGUAGUUGCAGCACAGAUUUUUCAUUUGUUCCAUUUUAGGAUAUAAAAACUGUUUUGUUUCUUUGGCUAAGCCUAUUUCUUUGUAAAAGACUGAAUACUAUAGUGUAUUUAAUUUUUUAUGAUUAUAUUACUCUUCAGGGAAAGUGCUUGAUGGCCAUUUCCAUCAGUCUUAAACUUAAGACAUCUAUCAUUUUAAAGAAAAGUAAAUUAAAACCUGAAAUUCAAAUCCUUAAUAAAAUUAAACAUGAA